AUGCCCGUUGUUGCCGGUCCCCCUCAGGCCCAUGGGCCCUCUACCUUCGACAAAAUGAAGAUGGGUGCGAUGAUGGGAUCAACCGUUGGCGGUAUCAUGGGCUUCAUCAUCGGAACCGUCACCAUCUUCCAAUAUGGUGCUGGACCUAACGGCGUUAUGCGGACACUCGGAAAGUACAUGGUUGGCUCUGGUGCGACAUUCGGUCUCUUCAUGUCCAUCGGUAGCGUUAUUCGAUCCGAAGGCCCUCACAGCGACGCCUGGCUCCGGGCUCGAGGACCCCCGAUCAUUCUUCCCCGCCAGGCCCCUCUGCGCCGAUCGCAAGAGUAA